CUCGCAGCUAUUCUUUCUUGGGCGUCGGUUCCAGUCUCUGAUGCUCACAUGAGCCCUCAUGACUCCAGCACCAAUGCCAGUAACCCCUGAGGAGGCCACCCGUGGACCAUCGUGAACUAUUUAAGAGCUGCUCGAGCCCUGGAGCUCUUCUGCCAUCAUCAAUUGAGUCUUCAUCUUCUCUCUCCGACACCUAUCCCCAGUGACCUGUGCUCAUACUUGAGACGAGACAUCACUUUACUUCUUGUUUACACUCCCUCUAACACUUUUCUCCUCCCGUCCUCCAACCUUAUCUUCCUCCAUACAUGCCACAAUGUCUGUUUCCUUCGAGAGCACCGACGUUUCCCCCGCCCCUACCCUCGUUAAGCAGGAUGGCCCAUGUCUCGGCUCCAAGUCUCGGAUGCCCGAGUUCAGCCUGGCUGGAAAGGUUGUCCUGGUCUCUGGGGCUGCUCGCGGGCUCGGUCUGACCCAAGCUGAAGCUCUCUUGGAGGCCGGAGCCACGGUUUACGCUCUAGAUCGGCUCGAAGAGCCUUCCCCCGAAUUCUUCAAGGUCCAGAAGCGCGCCCAUGAGGAGCUAGGCACGGAGUUCUACUACCGUCGCAUCGAUGUGCGCGACACGGAACUUCUCAACACCACCGUCGAAGCCAUUGCCAACGCGGAGGGCCGACUGGACGGUCUGGUGGCGGCAGCCGGCAUCCAGCAGGAGACUCCGGCGCUGGAGUACUCGGCCCAGGAUUCCAACACCAUGUUCGAAGUCAACGUCACCGGCGUGUUCAUGACUGCUCAGGCUGUCGCCAAGCAGAUGAUCCGCUUCGGGAACGGGGGCAGUAUCGCACUGAUUGCUAGCAUGAGCGGCACUGUUGCCAAUCGGGGUCUAAUCUGCCCAGCCUACAACGCCAGCAAGGCCGCCGUCCUCCAGCUCGGCCGCAACCUCGCCAUGGAGUGGGGACAGUACAAAAUCCGCGUCAACACCAUCUCCCCGGGCUACAUCGUGACGGCCAUGGUCGAGAAGCUCUUUGUGCAGUUCCCCGAGCGCCGCGACGAAUGGCCCAAGCAGAACAUGCUCGGCCGGCUGUCCGCCCCCAACGAGUACCGCGGCGCAGCCGUCUUCCUCCUCAGUGACGCCAGCAGCUUCAUGACGGGCAGUGAUCUUCGCAUGGACGGCGGGCAUGCCGCGUGGUAGAUGCCAUCAUCUAUCCAUCAACCCGGUCCUUCUUCUGCUUCUGUUCUUCGUUCACAUUGCACUUGCACCUUCUAUUGCAUGGCGUUCCGGCAGCGAAGCAAUGCGCAUCCGUCCAUCUACUCUUCUGCUUCGGUUCCAUGAUGUCUUUGUCCGCGGCGAUUCCCUUCUGCUUCGGGAUUCCAUUCAGCGUUUCCGGUGUCUGGACGGGAUGGUUCCAAUAUCUAGACCCCAUACCCAUCCCUACUCAUCCACUUGCCGCAUCAGUGAGGGAGUUGUAUCUAGUAUCGUUUACUUUACAGUCCGGUGGCUCAAUCUAAUCUAAUACAUAAGACAUG